AUUGUUAAUGAUCUCGGUAAAAAUUGAAAAUUAUGUUUUGUGGAGAAUAUAAAAUAUAAAUAUGUAAUAUUACCCCAUAAUAGCAGCACUGCUACUUCCCCACUCUUGUGUACAGAUAUUCAGUGAUAUAGAAAUGGAAAUGGAAGACUUUGCAGUGGUAGUCUUUGAAGAUUCCGUUAUGGGGGAUGAAGUUGAAUUGGUGCCAACAUGUUGGCUGAAGGAAGGAGAAAAGAAAUGUUCAUGGCCAACCUUCAAGAAUAAUUGGAAGGUGACAAAGGCUGUCAAGGACAAGAUUAAACCAGAUGAUGCAUGGAGCAUUCAUUCUGUCAGAGUAUUGACAAAAUGCAAAGACUACAUUUGUGGACGGCUUCUAGCAAGGAGAGCUGAAAAUGAUUCAGAUGUCCAGAGUGAUGGAAAUUAUGGCCGUGGACAAAGACGAAUAAAGCCUGUGUGUAAUGACUCUGAUGAUGACUCGGAUUUAUCGCUCCCUGAACCUCAACCAAAGAAAAGUCGCUUGCCUGAGCCACCAGCGAUAGAAGACGAAGAAGAAACUAGAAGUCCAGGGUGCAGCAGAAAAUUGUCUGCCAUAAAUAGCUGGUCAACACGAGCAUCAUCAUCAUCAUCAAUGCAGAUACUACCUAAAACAAUAUCACGAUCUGACUUGGAAAAUGCCUUGCGACCUCUUAUGGUGGAAGUGAUGCGACCUCUUAUGGUGGAAGUGAUGCGACCUCUUGUGAUGACCGUGACAAAAUUGGAGAGUAGGGUGCAAGAUCAGCAGAAGUCACUGGAAAUAAUGACAGGUACCAUCAAACAUUUGAAACAAACUCAGGCUGCUGCACCCACUGGACCUGAUUUAUCCCUGCUGGAUGGAUUGCUACCAAUACAAAAAUAUGUAGACUUUGAGGACUUUGAACAACAGAUAAAUGGGGACAGUGCCCUUAGAAAGUCACUGGUACAUCGACUCCAGAUUCUUGGGGGAGCAACUGUCAAAGCAGCAGUCAAAACCAUGAUUGACUUCUGCAUGACAAGUGGACUCCAGUAUGAGUUCAACUGGGAAGGUCGUCUUGGCUGGAAGACGAAAACAAAUACAUGCAAGAAAGGGUUCAAGAACACGACAUUGUGUGGAAUUAUGAUAAAUAUUCUGGUGAACAAGAGACAGUUAUCAACUGAUGGAACUGAAGUAGGGAAAACAAUGAUGAUUUAUUUAAGAAAUGCAUGUGACAGAUACUUGGGAAGGAAGAGACCGAAAGACUUGCACAGUCAGCAAAGUCAAGAUGAGAAUCCCAAUUCAGCUCAACCUAAUUCUGGUGGGGAUCCAGAACGAAUAUAAUGUAGAGCACUUCUGCUGACUGUUGUCAAGGAAAUUAUAAAUAUUCAUGUAAUUUGUUUAUCACUCAAAUUUAUCUUAUUAUUGUCAGGCUCUUUUGAUUAGAUUUUUAUAAUAUUUAAAUGAAUAUUUUUUAUUAUAUUUAAAUGAAUAAUUUGAUGUAGAGAAGUAUCAU